GGCAACCUCUGCUGCCGCCUGUGGAGUGGACGGGCCCUCCUCCAUUUCCUCCUCUUCCCUUCCCCCAAACACAACCGGUCGCUUCCUCAACCCGCCACCGCUUCACCCUCCUCCUCACCUCCCACCUCGCAGCCCUGUCAAAUCGCUGAACUGAUCGGGCGCAAAAGUCCAAACUUUUUGGACAGGACCCUGCUGGUGGUGGCGGCGGUGUUGGUGUUGGUGUAUCUUGGAGAGAGAAUCCUUGCUUCUUCUUGAGAUGGUUGUUUUGAUGUGUGAGCCUGCGAGGUGAGGCGAUGGCGGCGCCGGGGGUUGCAUGCUGAUUGAUGGUGGCGGAUGGAAAGUAGGCGAGGAGGGGCGGCGGCGGCGGAAGAUGCGGGCGGGGCGAUGCCGAGCUUUGGGCCUCAGCACGCCAUCCACACAGAUGUGAACAUCAUGCAACCUUCUCGAGUUACUGACUUCGGUGCGCUUGCACAGUCUGCUGGAUUUCGAAUAGAAGAUCUUGCUAAUCUUAGUACAAACACUUCGUUCAAUCUGAAGCCAAAUACUCAUACAGUUAACAACGAUCCUCUUCAGUUUGGAAGUUACGGAAAGCCUAUUUCUCCGUCUCAUAUAAAUACUACAGCAGCCGCAACAUCAGCAGCAAGAAUUGGCCCUCAGUCGCUAACACAGCAAACAGGAGCACAGCCAAAUCUGGUGGCUUUAACAACUGGUAACAUCGAGAACUGGGAAGAGUUAGCUAUGGCUGAUAGUCCCAGGACUGACACGUCAACAGAUCCAGACACUGAUGAGAGGAAUCAGAUGUUUGAACAAGGACUGCUUGCUGGCCCCACAGCUUCUGAUUCUAGUGACAGAUCAAGGGACAAACUAGAUCAGAAGACACUUCGCCGUCUUGCCCAAAAUCGUGAAGCUGCCAGGAAAAGCCGUUUAAGAAAGAAGGCAUACGUCCAAAACCUUGAGAGUAGCAGACUGAAACUUACUCAGUUAGAGCAAGAGCUUCAGCGGGCUCGUCAGCAGGGUAUUUUUAUUUCGAUGUCUGGAGAUCAACCUCAAUCAACGAGCGGAAAUGGAGCUUUGGCGUUCGACAUGGAGUAUGCACGCUGGUUGGAGGAGCACAACAAGCAUAUAAAUGAGUUGAGGGCUUCAGUCAAUGCUCAUGCUGGCGAUAACGAUCUUCGGAGUAUUGUUGAUAGCAUCAUGGCACAGUACAACGAAAUUUUCAGGCUCAAGGGUGUAGCAGCCAAAGCAGAUGUUUUUCAUGUGCUGUCUGGGAUGUGGAAGACCCCUGCUGAGAGGUGUUUCAUGUGGUUAGGUGGCUUCCGAUCAUCUGAGCUUCUUAAGUUACUGGCAGGCCAGCUAGAGCCUCUUACUGAUCAGCAGCUUGUUGGUAUAUCCAACCUGCAACAGUCCUCCCAACAAGCUGAAGAUGCUCUUUCUCAAGGGAUGGAAGCAUUACAACAGUCGCUUGCAGAGACUCUAGCAUCUGGAUCCCUGGGCCCAGCUGGACCUUCUGGCAAUGUUGCCAAUUACAUGGGACAGAUGGCGAUGGCUAUGGGAAAACUCGGCACCCUCGAAAACUUCUUACGACAGGCUGAUAAUCUGCGGCUGCAAACACUUCAGCAAAUGCAACGAAUAUUAACCACCCGCCAAUCUGCACGAGCUCUGCUUGCAAUAAGCGACUACUUCUCUCGACUACGUGCUUUGAGUUCUCUUUGGCUUGCCCGUCCACGGGAAUAAAUUCAAUUAAUUCAUAAAUAGGGUAGUUUUAGGCAUUGUCUCUAGUGUUGUAUUAGUCCACUAGUUUCUUUACAUUUCUCAUGUGUUGGAGAGAGAUUUGGAUCAGGAACUUCUCAUGUAUGUGUUCAAGUGGAUGUUCAGUGCAUAUUGUAGAUGAUUUCAUAUUAUGAGUUAUUGGACAGGUUUGUAACAUUUUUGAAAAAAAAUGGAGUUGUAAAUACUUGCGGAAUAACCUAAGAUCUUAGUAAGGGAUGAUAUUUGCGUAUAUAGUCGACGAAUAGAUCAGUGCAACCUCACUGUUGGGCAAUACAGAGAGUACAUGUCAGAUUAAUAGUUCAAUAUCUGUUUGCUGA